CAUCUCCUGAAGUGGUUUGAACGAUCAGUUUCGGAGGGCAUUUAGACCUGGUCUUUUUACAAUCGGAUAGUUAUCGGAUCACAGAAAACGCAUAAAGGACGUCAUAUGACACGCUAAAUAGACUCUGAGUUUAUUUCCCAUUUAUGUUUGCUUGCUUGUUUGUUUGUUUGUUUGUUUGUUUUUUUAAAGAUGCGCGAUCCGAAUGUGAAUUUUAAUUUCCUCCAGAAGACUUGCACUCUCAUUGUGCUCCUUUGCUGUCUGCACAUUUUUGUCACUGUAGUUUAUUAUGUCAGAUCGCUGGAUUUUAGACAAUCAUUUGUCCAAAACCAGCAACAAAUGUCCCAAAUCCACGGGAAACUGGAAGAGCACACAACAGGCACAGAAGAACUCAAAUCAAGCAGCACUUUAACUUACAAAAAAAGCAAUGUUACAGAAACCCAGCUGGAAAAAUGCCCUGAUCCGUCUCCUUUGCUCGUGGGUCCGCUCAGAGUCGAGUUUAACGUUCCGGUGAACCUCGAUGAGGUGAGAAAUGUGAAUUCGGUGUUACAAGAGGGAGGACGCUUCAGACCCAAAGAUUGCAUAGCUCUGCAGAAAGUGGCCAUCAUCAUCCCCUUUCGAAAUCGAGACGAGCAUCUGAAGUACUGGCUUCAUUACCUGCACCCGAUCCUGCAGCGGCAGCAGCUCGACUAUGGGGUCUAUAUCAUUAACCAAGAUGGAGAAGAGACGUUUAACCGUGCCAAACUGCUCAAUGUAGGCUACGCCGAGGCCCUGAAGGAGUACGACUACGAUUGCUUCAUAUUCAGCGACGUCGACCUCAUCCCCAUGGACGACCGAAACACGUACAAAUGCUUCAGCCAACCAAGACACCUGUCUGUCUCCAUGGACAAAUUUGGCUUCAGGCUUCCGUAUAACCAGUACUUUGGGGGGGUGUCCUCAAUGAGCAAGGAACAGUAUCUGAAGAUCAAUGGCUUUCCAAAUAACUACUGGGGCUGGGGAGGCGAGGAUGAUGACAUCUUCAACAGGCUGAGCUCCAAAGGGAUGGUCAUAUCCAGACCCAGUGGUGUCAUCGGAAAAUGCAGGAUGGUCCGUCACAGCCGUGACAAGCAGAACAACCCGAAUCCCCUAAGGUUUGACCGAAUAUCACACACCAGAGAGACCAUGAACUCAGAUGGCAUCAACUCAUUGUCCUACAAAGUGGUGAAAGUGGAGAAGGACAAGCUGUAUACCAAAAUCACAGUGGAUGUCGGCAAACCAUAGAACGCUCAUCAUUUACCAGGACGAACUAUCAUGAAGACUGGAUGCAAUAUCCAAAUGUGCCUUGACAAUUUAAUUUGAAGUUAUAAGUUUAAAUUUUUGAAAAAUAAUCUUUAACUUUACAAGGAGAGUUCUCCAUUUUUAAAAGACACUAGUACCUAGAAAUUUAUUUGCCAUCUUUGCACAAGGUGAAAAGAAAGGAAGUGGACAUGUGAAUUUAUGUCAUACAGGAGAUUUGAAGGUUGGUUGUGUGUGUGUGUGUGUGUGUGGGGGGGGGGGUGUUUGUUUGUGUUUCUGGGUUUUUUUUCCCAACUCUAAAAUGCUCUCACCGAGCUACUAGAGCAUCUCUUGAGCCACAAGGCAUUGUGUAAAGAAUGUAAGCUGCAGUGUGUGUUUCUGACCUCUUUUCUAGCUUUGCCUUAAGAUCACCUCUUUGUAUGUUGAAGAUUUAGAGAGGAGUCUUUAAUAUGGAACAGGAGAAACAACGUUACAAGUUAUGAAUGAGAUUCACACUUUAGUAGUAAGUAUGACAAUCCAGAGUACAAGCAAUAUCAGAGGUGCCAGUAUGCAUGACUUUAUCAGGAUCUUGACACCUUACUAUGUAUAUGGGAGACACAUUAAAACUAGCCGUUUCUGGUUUCUCAGCUAUAGCGAUGUUAAUUCCCCAGCGAUUGGGGAAAAAAAUGUGUUUCUUGUAGUGGGCACUUUUGCUAGGUGAAUUUAAGGUUAUGUUACAAUCCUAGGUCUUGGGAGACAUUAGAAAACAAGUUGGUGGGUAAAAAAAAAUUUUGUUUAUCUACUGGAUAAAAUAUUAAUUACACAUAUAUCUUGCAAAUAAUUAACCACUCUGCUCUUGAGAUAUUAUUAGAUAGGUAAGAGAACUGCAUACACACAGGCCCAUGAAUGCGCAUAUGCCAGGGUGCUGAGGUAAAAUUCUGAGAUUUUUAUUUUUUUUCUUCCCGAAAUUUUUUUAUUAGUGAUGCUGGCACGUCUUUGAUACCCAUAAAUGAGUGAAAAGAUAAAAACAGAUAAUGAUAUCCUGUGCGUUGCAGCCAUGGGCGUAAAUCCCGGGGGUGUGGUGGUGGUGGUGGUGGGGGUGUUCUCAUUCAUCUCACCUACUUUGCACACACGAGUCAGGUGUGUGGCUGCGGCACAACUUGGUUGGUGCUGGUGCUGUUUAUUGUUUAUUGAGCUUUUCACUAGCCAAACUUAUUAGUAAAAUACCAACAGAGCAGAGGACAUGUUAUCAGGCACGGAAAGCAGUUCCUUUACCAUUUACUAGCAACCACUGACCAUUAAACCCCCCCCCCCCCCCCAAAAAAAAAAAA